CAAAGAAUCAUUUUCUUUUAUAUAAAUGAGAUGUGACUUUUGCUGCAAGUCACUUACAAGACAGAGUUGAUAUCAUUGAGCAUGUGACUUACACUUUGCUGCAAGUGUUUUCCUUACAUUAUUUCUACGAACAAAUGUAUGUUCAAUUAAUUAUAGGUCAAACAUCAUCAAUUCGUCCUCUACAUUAUAAAAACUAUGACAGUGAUUAUUACGUAUCAUCGUUGGCCUCCAGCCCUCAACCCUCAAUCUAUGUGUAACUUUGGGUAACAAACAUGAAAAUGAAUUCCGACAUGCCUAUAACCUAUUCUUAUAAUGUGAUUAAACGUGCAUUGAUUUUACCCACGUGAUUGAACAAUACGAAAAAUUACUUAUUGGAUACUUAUUUAUGAUUCAGGCCUAUACUUUUAAGUUGUGCAUGAGUAAACAUUUCUGCAGCCUUUACUUUUGCAUUUCUAAAACUAAGGUUGCGCCAACCUUUACAAACAAUCUUGUACCAUCACGUAGUUAAUUUGUCACAGAUUAUUACUUAUCAGGAAUCUUUGAGCAUGCAAGGUUAUUUAUGUCUUUAUAUAAAAGAGAUGGAUUACUAAUUGCCAUAACCUGCUUUUGCUUGUGCUUUUUCUCAGUUAAAGUGGUUGUCACUGGGGAAUAAUGGAGUGGAGAUGAUUUUGCAAGGAGAAUUUCAGAGAAACUUCUUAAACAACUUAAAAUUUCUUACACUCUGCUCGUUUUCGGAUGCAUUUGGGUAUGAAAUUCUAGAACAGGUUCCCAAUAUAGAGAAGCUUGUGGUACGUGGUGGUUCCUUGAAGGAGAUAUUCUGCUAUCAAAUUGCUAAUAAUGAAGAUUAUAGUGGACUUCUUUUACGAUUGAAAGAAUUACGCUUGGAGUCCCUUGAAGAGUUGGUUUCCAUUGGGUUAGAGAACUCUUGGACUGAGCCCUUUGUUAGAAAUCUCGAAACCUUUGAAGUCAUUAGGUGUUCCAGUUUAAAAAACUUGGUAACAUGCAGAGUGUCUUUCUCGAAUCUGAUAUGUUUAAAACUUGAAAACUGCAAUAGCUUGUCGUAUUUGUUUACAUCUUCAACAGCCAAAAGUUUGGCUAAACUUCAAAGAAUGGAAAUAGAAGAGUGUGAAUCAAUCGAAGAAAUAGUGUCUAAUGAAGGGGAGGAAUCAGAUGACGAUGAAAUAAUAUUUCCAAAGCUCAAUUGUUUGAAUCUUAAAUAUCUGAAAAAUCUCCGAAGGUUUUACAAAGGGAGUUUAAGUUUUCCAUUGUUGGAGGAAUUGUCAAUAACAGAGUGCGACGAGAUGGUAACUUUAUGUCCAGGU